UCUCUCAAUACACUCCACGUAUUAAAACGCACCGUGUCAGGGACGUUAUCGUGUGAUAAAAGCCAUAAUCAAUUAUAUGGCGGUGCAAACAUUACAUGCCUAUAUAUAUAUAUAACCACUACAUGACUCUUAACUCCUAAUCAACCCAAUCAUUCAUUAAUUCUCUCGAAUCAAACAUUUCUCAGAUGACAAAGCUUGUGUGGAGCAAGUUAAGAUCAAUCUGCAAAGGAUCAGGUUCAGGUGGAUCUAGGAAGAAACUUGGGGGUAGCUUAGGGAGCAAGUUAAGCGUCAAUGAAGAAUACGUGCAAGCAUUCCGAACAAAAUCUUACAUGGAAAUGUGGGGCAAAGUUCAAGGCCAAAUCAGGAAAACAAGCAUUGAUGGCAUUGACAGGCUCUCUGCAUCAUCAUCUCAUCCUUUCUAUCAACAUCUCUCCGAAUGUCUCCUCGAGCCACGCCAAGAAACCCUAAUACAGAUGAUUGAAGACUCAAAAUUUCAUGGCCUCCUCCUCGACUACUUUGAAGCAAGCCUGGAAGCUUGUAAUGUAUGUGAAUUGAUCCUUCGAAGCGUUCAUCAAGCGCGUACUAAUGACCGGAGAAUCAAAAAGGUUAUGAAGUUAUGUAAAAAGGCACAAUGUACUAAAACAGACAGUUCCUCACAAGUGUUGAGCCAGGUCGUUACAGGGUCUGUAUUCAGAGAGCUUACCGCAUUUGCAUUGCUGAAGAAUCCAUUAUCGUACAUUAGUCCGGUUCAAUUUCGCGAAAUCCAUGACAGUAAUCUUCAGUUGCUUGAUAGAUUAACAUUAAAGGAGAAGAAGAUGAGGAGGAGAGUGAAGUUGAAUAGAAUCUGCAAGAAAAUUGGUGGGUUUAGUCUUAUAUUUGCUCACAGUGCACUUAUGAUUGCCUUGAUAGUAAUAUCUCUACAUAGCAUAAUUGGCAUUGUUGCAGCUCCUGGACUAAUGGCUUGCUCUUUGGCUUCACUGAAGAGUACUAAAAACAAGGUGGUUGGUGAAAGGACUGCAACAAGAUUGCUCGAAGCAUUCACGGCGCAGCUUGAUAUGGCAGCGAGAGGGACCUUCACAUUGAUCAAUGAUUUUGAUACGAUGAGUCGACUGGCGAGGAGGUUACACGAUGAAAUUGAGCAUUGCAGAGAUGUCGCUGAUAUGUGUAUUAAGAAUGGAAAGGCUGAGAUAUUGAAGGAGGCCGUGAGAGAAUUCCAGAUGCACCAGUCUUGCUUCUUGGAGCAGUCACAAGAGCUUGAAGAACAUGUUUACUUGUGUUUUAACACAAUAAAUAGAUCCAGAAGGCUUGUUAUUCAGGAAAUAAUGGUUGCUGAACAAUAAGUGACAGUCUUCUGUAUCUUGUUUGAGCCAGGAU